AGUAUUACAUUACAUACUAUACACUACACACACACACACACAGUGUAUAUAUAAAUAUCAUUGAUAUUAAUGUUGUUUACAAUUAAACCGUUUAUAUUAUUAUUAGUAUUAAUAUUAUUACCCAAACAUUAAAACACAUAUAAAUAGUUGUAUUAAUAAUAAUAAUAAUAAUAAAUAAAUUCAUUGAACUCUCUCUCAGUCUCUCUCUCUCUCUAUGUGUCCGACGGCUUGAAUGCCAAUAACCAGUUGUCCGCCACCGCCGCCGCCGCAGUUGUAUCGCAGUUGUCGGCCGCUAUUGUCGGCCACAGUCACACCCCCGAGUUGACCACCACCACUACCGUGUCGCCCGACUGUGUCCUCUGUGUGUCGUUACCACCGAAAAAACAAAACAAAACAUUUACCGAAGCAGCCGAUCGAUCGGUCGGUUGGUUGACUUGAAUUGUGAAAAAGAAAAACUGAUUAUGAGUUUUAUGAUAACCCGUAAAAAGAGUUACAAAUUUUCGGUGGUCUUUACGCUCGUAGAGCUAUCGUCGGUACCGCUGGUCAACGGCGUACUGUUUGCCAAAUGUCGUCUGAUUGGCGGUUCGGGUGGCGGCGGAGCCAACUUUGCCGAAACGUCCAAACGCGAGGAAGUGAGAGACCAUUGCGUCAAAUGGCAGACAAAGUAUUCAUUUUCCUGUAAGAUGUCGGCCAACGCCAACACUGGUAUCCUAGAGUCCCGAAUACUACGGGCAUCCGUACGUAAAGAGUCCAAAGGCGGCCGAUCCUAUCAUAAGAUCGGUUUUGUCGAUAUUGAUUUGGCCGAAUACGCCGGCGCCGGUCUACUGUCCCGACGCUAUCUGCUCGAAGGCUACGAUACGAAACAUCGACUGGACAACAGCACACUGAAUGUGUCCAUUGAGAUGAGCCUACUAUCGGGCGAUCCGUGCUUUAAGACGCCAACACAAGCAGCCCAUCGGACGUCUGCACCUCUGUCGUCGUCGUCACCAAAAGCGCACAAACACUACGAUGCGGUCGGCGGCGGCGGCAACGGUAACUCAGUAUUGGCCGCACAAUUGACUCCAACUUCAGCCACACCACCGCCGUCUACAAAGACAACGACGACUACUACGACGACGACCCCACAGUCGGCUACGGGUCAGACACAACAGUCAGGCAUAGCUAACGCUGUCGCCAACGAUUACGAGUCGGGCCACUCACGCAAUUCGAGUCAGGCCUCGCGCGUAUCCGGUUAUAAUAGCCUACCGUCGCAUAGUAGACAGGGAUCGGCCGAUUCGGGUAGUACUAGGGCAUCACUCGAAGCGAUCAAAUUCAAUAGCACUGAACGAAAACGGUUGACACAAAACGCCAAGAAAAUAAUCGAAGAACAAAGUCGAAUGGACAGCACACGGAUGAGCGCCGACCGAUUGAUCGAUAAAUUGUUGGCCGAAUCCAAUCUGGACGGCGAUGAAGAAUACAAUGAAUCGGUUGGACUGGAAUUGAUUGUCGGCAAAGACGGUACGACAACGUUGGGCACACGGCAUGGAAAUAGCAAUAGUAGACAACAACAACAGCAACAGUCACGUACCGGUGCUCAUAAUAAUACCAGUGCUCAACAACAACAACAAUAUAAUAAUAAAGUGGCCUUCAUUCCUAGUACAGCUGUAUUAACAACCACUACAACAACAAUACAACCAUCGCCACCACCGAUGGUUCAUAGGAACGGUAGAAAUUGAAUGGUUUUGAUUUGAUUGUUGGUAUUGUUUAUGGUUUAGGUUUGUUGUCAUCAGUAUUGGCUAAAUAUAUAUAUAUAUAGUGUAUAAUC